UUUCGCUUGGCGCUGUCCCUCUCCUCCGCAACGGUCUGGCUUCCCCGACGUGUUUUGUUUGCGACGCUGUCGUGUAACAGCGCGCUUUACGGCCGCGGGGACGAAGCGGGCCGGCGCUAGGGCCACUCCGGCCGGGAAGCAGUGCAGGCGAGCGAGGUUGAUGCCCGGCGGCGGGGUGAGCGCGGCGUCUGGCCGGCUUUUCACCGCCGCAGAGCAAAGGGGGGCCCGGGAAGCGGCAGGGUCGGCGUCUAGGAGCGGCCCGGGGGGCUCCGGCGGCGGCAGAGGCGGAGCAGGCGGUCCCGGGCCGGGGAGCGGAGGCCCGGGGUGCCCCGCGGGCAGGAUGAGCCUGACCCCGAAGGAGCUCUCGAGCCUGCUGAGCAUCAUCUCGGAGGAGGCGGGUGGCGGCAGCACCUUCGAGGGCCUGUCCACCGCCUUCCACCACUACUUCAGCAAGGCCGACCACUUCCGCCUGGGCUCGGUGCUGGUCAUGCUGCUGCAGCAGCCAGACCUGCUGCCCAGCGCGGCGCAGCGCCUCACCGCGCUCUACCUGCUCUGGGAGAUGUACCGCACCGAGCCGCUCGCCGCCAACCCCUUCGCCGCCAGCUUCGCGCACCUGCUCAACCCUGCGCCUCCCGCCCGCGGCGGCCAGGAACCUGACCGGCCACCGCUCUCAGGAUUUUUACCUCCUAUAACUCCACCAGAAAAGUUUUUUCUUUCCCAGCUGAUGCUGGCACCCCCAAGGGAACUCUUCAAGAAGACGCCUCGCCAGAUUGCGUUGAUGGAAGUUGGAAGCAUGGGCCAGUCUGUGGACAUCAGCGGGCUUCAAUUAGCUUUGGCUGAACGCCAGUCUGAAUUGCCAACUCAAAGUAAAGCUAGCUUCCCUAGUAUUCUCAGUGACCCAGACCCAGAUUCUUCUAAUUCUGGUUUUGACAGCUCAGUUGCCUCUCAGAUCACAGAAGCUUUAGUCAGUGGACCAAAACCACCUAUUGAAAGCCAUUUUCGACCAGAGUUUAUCCGCCCCCCACCUCCGCUCCAUGUUUGUGAGGAUGAGCUGGCGUGGCUGAAUCCCACAGAGCCUGACCACGGCGUUCAGUGGGACAAGUCCAUGUGUGUGAAGAACAGCACUGGCGUGGAGAUCAAGCGAAUAAUGGCCAAAGCCUUCAAAAGCCCCUUGUCUUCUCCCCAGCAGACACAGCUCCUUGGGGAGUUGGAAAAAGACCCCAAACUUGUUUAUCAUAUUGGCCUCACCCCAGCCAAACUUCCCGACCUUGUGGAAAACAACCCUUUAGUCGCCAUAGAAAUGCUGCUGAAAUUAAUGCAAUCAAGCCAGAUCACUGAAUAUUUCUCUGUCCUGGUAAAUAUGGACAUGUCCUUACAUUCAAUGGAAGUUGUAAAUCGACUAACUACGGCUGUUGAUCUACCUCCUGAGUUUAUUCACCUUUAUAUAUCAAAUUGCAUCUCUACUUGUGAACAAAUUAAGGAUAAGUAUAUGCAGAAUCGCUUGGUGCGUCUUGUGUGUGUCUUUCUCCAGUCCUUGAUCCGUAACAAAAUUAUUAAUGUACAGGACUUGUUUAUAGAAGUACAGGCAUUCUGUAUCGAGUUCAGUAGGAUACGAGAAGCUGCUGGUCUUUUCCGGUUGUUGAAGACAUUGGAUACUGGGGAAACACCUUCUGAGACCAAAAUGUCAAAGUAAUACCUCAUUGGAACCACCCAUUAAUUCAUCGUUCAGCUGUGAUUUAGAUUUUAAAACUGUUCAAACUAAAGUGGAUUGCUUGGUCUAAUGCAUAUAAACAAUACUUUAUCUACAUAAAGCA